AUGGUCGGGGAUUUUAACGAGAUCCUAAACAAUGAAGAAAAGAUUGGUGGUCCUAGAAGAAGCGAUGCAUCCUUUCAACCCUUCUCAGAUAUGCUUCAUGCCUGCGGAAUGACUGAAUUACCAAGUACAGGGAACAGCUAUACUUGGGGAGGGAGAAGACAAACGUUAUGGAUUCAAAGCAAGCUUGAUAGAGCGUUUGGAAAUUCUGACUGGUUCAAAUGUUUUCCCUCUGCUAAUCAAGCCUUCCUUGCCAAAAGAGGAUCUGAUCAUAGACCUGUUUUGAUAAAGCUAACUGCAUCUCAAGAUUCUUACAGAGGUUCUUUCAAGUUUGAUAGGCGAAUGCUUCAUAAACCUCUUGUACAAGAAGCUAUUCAUCAGGCUUGGAAUCAAAGACGUCAUGAUCAAGAUGCUUCUGUCUCAAUCCGUUUGAGUUUCUGCAGAAAAGCUCUCACUAUGGAUCCUUGCUCUACCCGUAUUAAUCUCAUCAGAUGUGAUCUCUUAAAAGCUUAUAGAGAUGAGGAAAACUACUGGAAACAGAAAAGCAAGGAUGAUUGGAUCAUUCAUGGGGAUGGUAAUACAAAAGUUUUCCAUGCUGCGGUUAAAGCUGCGAGAGCAAAAAAUGAAGUGGUUAAGUUAAUUGAUCUUAAUGGAGUUGCACAUCGUUCUGAAGCCUCUAAAGCUCAAGUGGCUAUUAACUACUUCCAGGACCUUUUCAAAUCUUCUAACUCUGAAGACUAUUCUGAAAUUCUCAGAGGUUUCCCAUCUAAGAUAUCAGAAAGAAUGAAUCACUGUCUAAUUAAAAAGGUCACACCAGAAGAAGUGAAGAAUGCUGUGUUUUCUAUUAAAGCUGGGAGUGCACCAGGAGUUGAUGGAAUGACUGAAACCAAAUGCUACCCUGAUGACAGACUCAGGCCAAUCAGCUUGUGCACAGUGAUGUACAAGACGAUUUCGAAAAUUUUGGCUUCUAGACUUCAGAGCAUUCUCCCUGAUAUUGUUUCUUCUAAUCAGUCAGCCUUUGUCUCCAGUCGUCUUAUUUCAGACAACAUCAUCCUUGCUCACGAAGCAGUUCACAGUCUAAACACAAAGGAGGGGAUCUCUGAAAACUUCAUGGCAGCAAAAACUGAUAUGUCAAAAGCCUUUGAUAGAGUGGAGUGGAACUACCUUCAGGCUCUUCUCAACUCAUUAGGUUUUCACAGAACUUGGGUCAAUUGGAUAAUAGCUUGCGUUUCCACAGUUAAGUACUCGGUCCUCAUCAACGGCCAAUCCCAUGGUUAUAUCUCCCCUGAACGUGGUCUGCGACAAGGUGAUCCCUUAUCACCCUUUCUCUUUGUUCUCUGUGCGGAAGGACUCUCCUAUCUUCUUAAUCAAAAAGCUUCAGAAGGUUUGAUUAAUGGGAUACAAUUCUCCCCAAAUGGUCCAGCAGUUCAUCAUCUGUUUUUUGCAGACGACAGUCUGUUUCUUUUUAGAGCUGAUAUGCUUCAGUGUCAGGUCUUUAAAGAGGUUCUACAGAAAUAUGCUGAAGCUACUGGUCAAGUAAUCAAUCUGAACAAAUCAUCCUUGACUUUUGGGAAAAAGGUAGAUCAAAAUCUGAAGCUGAGUAUUCAGAACUCGCUUGGGAUCUUUGCAGAAGGAGGUGCAGGCACCUAUCUUGGUCUUCCUGAAUGCUUCAGUGGAUCUAAAGUAGAGAUGCUGGCUUACAUUCAAGAGAAGAUGAAAGGGAGAAUGUCUGGAUGGUACACAAGGUUCCUUUCUCAAGCUGGAAAAGAAGUGAUAUUAAAAUCAGUGGCCAUGGCUAUGCCUAUUUAUGCUAUGAGUUGUUUUAAACUGCCUAAAACAACUUGUAAUAAUUUAACUUCUGCUAUGGCGGCUUUUUGGUGGAGAUCUACUGAAGAUAAAGGGAAGAUCCAUUGGCUAAGUUGGGAUAAACUUUGUGUCCCUAAGCGACUUGGAGGGAUGGGAUUUAAAGAUAUUGAAACCUUCAAUCAAGCCUUGUUAGCCAAGCAAGCUUGGAGGAUUCUCCAUGAACAGUCUUCUCUGUUUGGAACCUUCUUGAAGAGCAGAUACUUCCCCAAUGGUGAUUUUCUCUCAGCUAAGCUUGGUAAAAGACCUUCAUACGCUUGGCGAAGUAUCCUCCAUGGUAGAGAUCUUUUGAUCAAAGGUCUAAGACAUAUGGUUGGUAAUGGUGAAUCUAUUCAUGUGUGGUCCACUCCUUGGCUUGCAGAUGGUGAUAGAAUGCGCAUGCCCUUAAUGAAGAAUACCUUGGUUGAUCUGAAUCUCAAAGUAAAAGAUCUUUUGAUUCCAAACUCUCAUCUGUGGAAUAUACCUAAGUUAAAUGAUCUCUUUUACCCACAAGACAUUGCUAUCAGUUCCAAGAUCAAACCGGUGAUCAAUUCAGAAGAUUUUUAUUGCUGGAAUCACACAAGAUCAGGAGAAUAUUCGGUCCGUUCUGGAUAUUGGUUUGCAGAAAAAAGUGCCAACAAGGAAGCCUAUGCUACAGCAACAGUACUUCCUUCUCUCAAUGGUAUCAAAGAUUACAUAUGGUCGCUGGACACAGCUCCGAAGAUUAAAAUGUUUCUGUGGAAAGCGGUUAGUGGAGCUCUUCCGGUGACUGAUAACCUUUUGAGUAGAGGUAUGAAGAUUGAUUCUAGAUGUCAGGUCUGUGGUAUGGAAGGAGAGUCCAUAAAUCAUGUGCUGUUCACUUGCACUUUGGCUAGACAAUUUUGGGCCAUUUGUAACUUUCCUCGGCCUCACUCGGACUUCUCUGUUUCAUCUAUAUAUUCGAACAUUUUCUAUGUUUUGAAAGCAAAGGAUAUCCCCUCCAUCCCUUUGAAUAUCAGUAGAGCGGGUCCUUGGAUCAUUUGGAAUAUCUGGAAGAACAGAAACUCUCAUUUCUUUGAAGGUUGCGUAACCAAAGCUCCAGAUUUCCUUGAGAAAGUGUAUGAAGAAGCAAAUCACUGGUUCCUGAUCAAGACAAUUGAAAAAGAGGAAAAAGCCAUUGACCUCGAUCGGAAGAAGAAAAUAAUGUUUGGUUGGAAACCUCCACCUUCGGGUUGGAUCAAAUGCGAUAUUGGUUCUGCUUGGAGCAGUUCCAAAAAUGAAAGUGGAGCUUCAUGGGUUCUUAGAGACAGCGAUGGAAAUGUUUUGUUACAUAGUAGAAGAUCCUUCUCAGCUAUUUACAGUCGUAUGGAUGCUUCUAUGGAAAAUAUCAGAGGAGCUUCUCUGAUUGCUGAUAGUGUCAUCAAAGAGGAUCGCUAUCAAUCUUACAUUGCUGCUGGAUAUCCUGAUUCUGGCUGA